GUACCUGAAGCUAAAAUAAUGGAAGGUCCAGACAUGUAUGUGGAAGUAGGAAGUUCCAUUAACCUAACAUGUGUCAUUGUGGACAGCCCAGAAGCCCCAGCUUAUGUAUUCUGGUACCAUGAAAGUAACAUGAUUAAUUAUGAUUCUUCUCGUGGUACAGUCACAGUUCAGAAGGGUGGUGGAAAUACUGCAGUCAGUAGGCUAAGGAUCAGGGACGCUCAACCCUCAGAUUCAGGAAACUACACUUGCUCUCCUUCAAAUGCAGGUGCAGUCAGUUCCAUUGUAUAUGUGGUCAAAGGAGAGAAGCAGGCAGUGGUUCAAAAUAUCGAAGGCUCUGCAACACAGAAUUGCUGUGGCAUGUACAUCAACAAUCUUCUUCUUUUUGGAAUGCUCUUGAUACCUUUUAUAAGGAGAUGACCAGCUUCACUGUAAACACUCAAAAGAGGUACAGAAUUGAGCAGUGGAGAAGUAGAUCUAUGUCAUCCCUCGCCGUUUUCCCCAUUUUGGAGAUGAUUUCCUUUCUUGUGGAUUAUCAGUGCAGCAUUUAUUGGAUAGUAUCAUCCAAUUUUUGACUGGAGUGUUUUCACAUUGUAAUUUUGUCUCAAGCAAGGAAAGUUCCAAACAAUUUUAUUUCCCAUCUAAAGAAAAUCUAUAUUUCACAUCCAAACUAAUAAUAGCAUUAAGAGUGUUCAGAAGAUAUUCCAAAAUAAUUGGCAAUUCCUGUUUGACAGGAUUUUUUUUUUUUAAACUACACGGAAACCUAUGCAAGUUGGCCACUUUGGUACAACAAUUUGAUGGUCCACUUAGGCAAAUGACCUAUUUACGAAAUGACAAUUUAAUUGUUUUUUUGACUGUCCAAAAAUUGAUGG